UGAAAUACCAAUUAAUGUUAUUUCUAGAAAUACUUUUGCUGUAUUUAUGCAACCACCAUUAGAUGAAAUGGUUGGGGAUAUUACGUUUGCGGAUUUUUCUAGAAAAGUGAUUCAGAGUCACUACAAAGUUAUUGCGAG